AUGGGCAUCUCGGGCCUCCUCCCCCUCCUCAAGGACAUCCAGUCGCACCGCCAUGUAGCAGACUACCGCGGCCAGACGCUCGGCAUCGAUGCCUACGUCUGGCUCCACCGCGGCGCCUACGGCUGCGCACGCGACAUCCUAAACGGCCUGCCCACCGACCGCUACAUCGCCUACGCCGUCGGCCGCAUCCGCAUGCUCCAGCACCACGGCGUCAAACCCUACCUCGUCUUUGACGGCGACAAGCUGCCCGCAAAGCAGGGCACCGAAGACGACCGCGACCAGCGCAGGCGCGACAACCUCGAAAAGGCGCGCUCCCUCGAACGCGCCGGAAAAGCCCACGAGGCCCGCGACCUCUAUGCAAAGUGCGUCGACAUCACCCCCGCCAUGGCCUACCAGCUCAUCAAGCUCCUCCGCCGCGAGGGGAUCCCCUACGUCGUCGCACCCUACGAGGCAGACGCCCAGCUCGCCUACCUCGAGCGCCACGGCAUCAUCGACGGCAUCAUCACCGAGGACUCGGACCUCCUCGUCUUUGGCUGCGAAAAGGUCCUCUUCAAGCUCGAGCAGGCCGGACAGUGCAUCGAGAUCCUCCGCUCCCGCUUCGCCCUCACCCGCCAGGUCAUCCUCUCCGGAUGGACCCCCGUCGAGUUCCGCCAGAUGGCCAUCCUCAGCGGCUGCGACUACCUCCCCUCGAUUGUCGGCAUGGGCCUCAAAAACGCCCACCGCCUGCUGCGCAGGUACAAGACCGUCGAAAAGGUCCUCCAGGCCGUCCGCCUCGAGGGAAAGAUGCGCGUCCCCGCCACCUACGCCCGCGAGUUCCGCAAGGCCGAGCUCACCUUUGUCCACCAGCGCGUCUGGGACCCGCGGCAGGCCAGGAUGACGACUCUGACCCCGCUGCCCGACGGCACCCUCGAUGAGAUGGUGCCCUUCAUCGGCGCCCCUAUCGACGAUGAGCUGGCCAGGCAGAUUGCCGAGGGCGACGUCGACCCCGUCACGCGCCUGCCCAUGGUUGACCUCGUGCCAUCGCAGCAGAGGCCGUCGACAUCGGCGGCGGCGGCGGCGGCGGCGGCGGGAGCAGGGGCCGGGAGCCUGGCGAGGGCUGGCUUCGUGGCCAACCCGAGGAGCACGAGCUGGACCGGCUCGGCCAGCGGGCCGUCGCGUCCGGCCGCUCUUGCGCGAUCGACGACGACGACCGCGGCAGGAGGCGGCUCCGGACCGUCCCUCUCGCCCUUCUACCGAUCGUCGAACGGUCCCACCAAAAAGCCCGUGUCGACCGAGGCCGGCCUGCAGACGAUCAAGAACUUCUUCGGGUUCAAGCCGUCCACCCCCAAGGCCAAGCUCGGGGCGACUGCAAGGGCCGUCGAGUCCACCGUCCUGUCCGGCUCAAGCAGGGACGACGUCGUGGCAGGCAAGCCAUCGCCGCUGUCUGAGAGGGACACGAACGUUGUCGCACAGCCAUCGUCGCCUCUUCCAUCCUCGAGCCCCUUCGCAGUCGACAAGGGAAAGCGAAAGGCAGCCGACGCGGUUGAGGUGGACGAGAACUCAAAGCUGGGCAAUGCUGACGACGAGACGCCUCGGCCCGUCAAGAGCAAAUUCUUCAAGAAGGCGAUCGAAGAAAGUCCAACGGCGGUGGCGCCCGGCCCACUCGGAGACUCAAGAGCCGCGGGCAUUGCAGGCGCCGCUGCCACCGCAGCAGCAACGGCGGAGGCGGCGGCCUCGACUUACCUGGAGCUGGACGGCAGAACGCCCAAACGCGGCGUUCCGAGCCUCUCGCAGGCGACGCCAUCGAAGAUCUGGGAAGGCUGCGAAGACAUGGACGAGUUCAUCAAGUCGUCGCCGCUGCAGCAGCAACAGCGAGAUGGCUCGGGCUCAGGGCGGCAGAGUAGCAGCCGAUUGCAGCAAGUGCUGCGUGAGCCGGACUCGUUUCCGGAGCCGUCCCCCUUUGCCACGCCAUGGGACGAAGGUGGACAAACGCAGGACAUUGUCGAGUCUCUGCUCGCCGAAGGCGAGACGCAGCAAAGCAGCCUGGCCGGUGUCAGCAUCAUCGCUCAGGCGACGCCGACCAAACGGAAGCGACAACGGCUCGUCACUAGGGCGGAAGACGACGCCGCAAACGACUCGGACCACAGUAGCGGCUUCAUCUCCAGCCCCGCGUCGUCGGUGCGGCCGCAGCGGCGGCACCGCCGAAUGAGCUCCGACGCCUUUGGCGAGUCCGCCGACGAGGGCCGUCCGGGCGAUGACGAGGAGGACGACACGAUGCCAUCGUCGCCCAUCUCGCCGAUCAAGGCUCGCAUCGGCAAGACGGCGGAGCUGCAGUGGAUGGACAGCGACCUGACUUCCGCAUCGGUCGAGGUCCAGGCAUCGUCGGACCCAAUCGAGCCAGACGACCUCCUGCAGCCUCUGCAGCAGCAGCCGCAGCAGCAGCAGCAGCAACAGCAGAGCAAGGCCGAAGACGUGGCGAAGGCGGUGGGACGAAGCUUGAUGGCCCAGUUCGGCUGGCAGGGCGGCGUCGGCAGCGGCACCUCACCACCUGCACUGGGUGUCGCUGCCGCGAGCAAGAAGAUCUCGCCUCCGCCCGGACGCAAGGGCAUUCGCAGCGUGUCGGACCAGACGCCGAUCCGACCAUCGACCGGCGCGGCGCUGCAGCCGAUCUCAAAUCGUACGCCGACGCCAAUCGUCGCGGCUGCGGGGAAGGCGUCUGCGCCGCUGGUCAAGCUUGAGGCCUUCCGAUACGGCAACGGCAACGGCGCCGGGCCCGGCCACACCGCAGCCUCUCCAGCCAGCGCAGCGGGAGGCCUGAGCACCCCGGGCACGAAGGCAAAGAUGCUGCGGACGGUCUCGGACUCUGUCGGACCGACGGCGGCGUCGAGCGAGGCCAAGAAGGCCAGGCCCACGCCGAGCCGGGCCGUUUCGUGCUCGACCAAGGCGCGAUUGACGUUCAUCGGCGACGACGACGCUGAGAACGACGCAGGCAUGGCGGAGACAGCGGUGGCGGGCGCGGCUGGCAUCCGAGCCAACCGACUGGAAAGGUUCCGCUUCACUGGCGGCGGUGGCGGCGGCUAA